AUGCUUCCCAAUACACAUAGACAUAGCACUUGGAGUACUAAUUAUGGAUGCAGCCGUGUGGAGAUGCUAGAGAAGAAGGUCGACCAGCUGACGUCGCAGCUGGCUGCCUUGACCCGACAGGACGGGCAGACACCGCCCGAUACAUCUACUUCUAAUCCGCUCGCCCACGACUUGGGCUCGUCUUGUGAUCCCGAGCUGGAUUCGACAGACAUUGCCGGGCUGCUAGAUGCUGCUAAAGACCCAUCCCAUGGCCUCGAUCCGCCGACCAGCUCUGUUCUGGAGGGUCAGCCAUCUAUCGUAGAUCGAGGACUUUUGAGUGAAGCCGAGGCUGAACGCUUGGUUACGACAUUCCAGCUUGACUUAGUGCCCAAGUUUCCCUUCGUAUUGAUUGCACGCGGUGAGACAGCCGCUCGCCUCAGGGACCGAGAGCCUUUUCUCUUUUUGUGCAUCGUGGCCGCGACCAUAGGCAGUGCGCACCCUCUGCGGAAAACUGUCGCCGAGGAGAUUAUGGAACACGUUACGUCGAGGGUUGUAGCACGGUCUGAGAGGAAUCUCGAGUUGCUCCGUGGUCUGUUGGUACACUGCGCAUGGUACUCAUAUCCUGCAGAAAGAUAUCACCCGCGACUUUUGCUGUUGAUUCAGUUUUGUGUUUCUACUUUGUAUGAUUUGGGACUGCACAGAAAGCCUAGUCCAAAUUCGGAUGAGCAGCGGGCGCUGCUCGGUACGUAUUGGCUGUCGGUUGGUAUCUGUGGCACACUCGGCCGGCCGAUUAUCAUGAAGCAUGAUUCUCGAACUGGUGAGUGCAUUGAGAGUAUAGCAGCUACCGAACAUCUGUCGGAUCGGUGGAUUGCGGCAUUUAUCCACCUACAGUCUUUCUUGGCAACAGUGGAUGAAGUCUACGCUUCGAUAGAAGCAAGCAGUGGAAGGGCGCUCAUCCAAGUUACGCGCAGCUCUCUGCAGCGGCAAUUUGAUAGCGUGAGGGCAUGCGUAGAAAGAGAUCUCUCAAGCUAUCCUUUGUCAACAGAAAGUGCAAUGCGCACUGAAAUCAAAUAUGUCGAAAUGCGGCUCGAGGAAUUAUCUCUUCGGGAGGAACUGUGGAUUGCAGAGCCUGCCAGCGCAGUCCGGACAACGAUGCUGAUGGGUAUAAUCCAGCGAAGCAAGGAGCUCAUUCACACGGUCAGAGACCUACCAGUCUCGGAGAUUGUCCAUAUGACAAUAACUACAAGUGCUCGUAUAUGUGCCGCAGUGGGCUACAUGCCCACUGCAGUAUUGACCCUUCUCAACCUCAUUACUGGCCCCACCGACUCUACCACGGAAGCCCAAGUGCAGGCCAUUGUUGAUGCAGCAGACUAUCCCAAUCUCGUCACAGAGCUUGCCAAGGCGCUGGAGACGAAAUUUGAGGGAAUGUCUGCUGCAGACAAAGAGACGGACAUUGUGGGGAGCCUUUGCUCUAAAAUGCGGCUGCUAGCACGUUGUUACCCAUAUCAAAUCAGGGCAAUUAUUGGAACUGCGCCGUCCCAAGACGCCAGGCAGGAUACGUCCGUGAUGGCUGUUCACGCCAACGAGGUCGCUAUGACACCCCAAGUCUGGCCGUCUAUCUACGGUGAUCUGGGCGACAUAUUCCCCGUCGAAGACAUCCAAUGGGAUUCUAUAUUGAGCAAUUUCACUGGUUUUAGCUCGUAUAGCUGA